CUCACACGUAAAAGAAAUAUGGCGGGCAUUAGAGUCGAAGUUGAUUAAAACCGGGCUACUGAAGGAUCUGACAAAACAUUCAGGUAAAGAUGGCCGAUCAGGUUGAAUUAAAUAGUAAGUCCAGGAAAGUGAAGUCUUCCACGCUUCAUCUGACCAAAAAUGACAAGAAAAUACUUGGUCAAAAUACGGAAAGAAAGAAGGAGGUAGUUGCCUCUCAGGAAAAGUUUAGCACCAACAAAAUGAGGACAUACAACAGUGCCUGGACACCGGUGGUUCACAAGCCUUCCAAUGAAAUGAUAUUUCAUGAAAGACGGGAUCUGAUUUCUCACUGGUUUGACCUUUGGUCGGACUCCCAGAGGAAGCGGUUCUUUGAUGUGGUGUUCCAGCAGUGUCGACGUAACCAGUAUAAGUUUGUACAGCAAUGGUUCCAGGAGAGGGUCCCCCUCCAACACCUUGAUUUCACCACUGUGCUGCCACGCUUUCUCAGUGUGUAUAUUUUCUCCUUUCUGGAGCCCCAGAGCCUUUGUAGAGCUGGGCAGGCCUGCUGGCACUGGAGGUUCCUCACAGCACAGGAUGAAAUAUGGAUGCCAAAGUGUUUAAAGUAUGGCUGGAUCCUUCCUUACAAGCCUCCCAAGAAUGAAUAUAGUGCAUGGAAAAAUCACUAUGUGGCUUGUAUACAUACACAGGGCUAUAUCCCAGCUAAUGAUUUGCACUCGAUUGGUGGGUUAGGUGGCCACCCAACUCUGUCUGUGUUGUCUACAAAGAAGACCAAAUCAGCACCACGGUCCGGCCGCCUCUCGCCUACAACCAGCAGACGUAACAUGGAUGUUAGACCUCCAUGGUCUGGUGUGUCUCAGAAACCAAAAGACCUGGAAAAGUCUUUCUAUGCCUUCCUUCAUGGAUUCAACCCCAAUGAUCCAAAUAUCCCCAAAUCUGCCCUCAUCCUACAUAACAAGUGGGGCAUCCCCAAGAAACAGCAUGAACAGGCGCUAAGCCGAUCCGAGGACUUUGAGCUUGGCCUUGAUUCACACAAGCGGAAGAAAAGCCAUAGAGUUCUCACGUCUGGAGAAGACUGUGACCUGAAGCGUCUGUCUCAGCGUACGUCACUGAGGGACACGAUGGAGCUUGAAAACAUGGAAGAAAGACGAGUUAAACAGCUGGUGGAUACAGAAUGGUAUCCCCCUAAUAGGACACGAAUACAGAAGCCUGACAUGACUAAGGGUGUGUUCCCCUACAACAUCAACCAGACUGAGUCUGACAUUAAAGGCCAACUACAGGUGGAAAAGCCUCGAGUGAUCUUCAUCUCCUCCAGGGUACCAGCUGCUGAUUUAUUGGUUGAUGCUGUGCUGUUUGGAGUUAUCCCAGUGGUGUACGAGUAUGAAGGCACUACAACAGAAACUCUCCUUCUUAAACUGGAGAAGGCACUCCAAGGGAGACAAGCACAGAGUAUUGGCCUAUUUUGUCAUAGCCAGGAGCCUGGAGAGUUACGAUUGGUCCAGAAUUGUACUGUUACCUUGGAUACUCUGGAUUCAACCAAUGUCUCCCAGUUCUUUGAAACAGUGGCUGACCGCAUUAUACCACCAAACAAGGGGGGACAACUGGAUGUGUUUGUCCCCCUCGCAGCAUCAGAACCAGGCAUGGAGAUAUUGACACAACUAAGUGUGUCGACAGGGAUGCAUUUAUCCUCCCCUACAGGGAUCAUUGGCUACUACAACCAUGUUAACAGUGAUUGGCUGUUGACUUACAAGGAGGGUCCACCUCCGUCCAUGUACUUCUGUACGUCCAAACUAGAUGUGUGGUCCAACACAGCUGACCAGGCGAAGGAGGCACUGACCACCUGUAAGAAACUGCUGUCUCCCUACUUUGAGAAAACACACAAGGAUAUUGUGUCUCAGCUGACAGGUCAAGUUAUGUUUGAUGUACUUGGGCAGACAGAAAUACAGGGAGCUAACAAAAUAGCUGAUGUCCUGACUGAGGGCCUCCGAAGUCUGGGCAGCGAGGAUAACGUGAACCCUCUUGAAUUCCUAGGGAAGUUUUUACUACAGCGAGCUGGUGUAGAUGAUCUGUCAUUCACAAGCAGCCUGGAAAAGUCCAGGACGAUGAAACGCCCCCCUGUGGAUCGUUACGAGUCUGUGGACUCAUCAGCUGGCGAUGAUGACGUGGACCUUGAGGACAGUGAAGUGGAGCAGAUCAAUGGUCACACCAAGGAGGAGACGGCCUUUGGGGAAGAAGAUGAAGUCGGCGAGGAGGAAGAAUUGAAGGAAGAGACCUCACCAAGAGAAAUGAGAGAGAAGGCACAGAAUGAACAGAGCGAGAAGGCACAACAGAGACAGAAGAAAAAGGGCAGAAAAGAGCAGACGACAAAGAAAGGACAAAUGACUCAGCAGAUGAAAGACUUCAAAGUAAGAUUUGGGACCAUGACUCUGACAGGAAAACAUGAGCGCCUGACUGCUAAGAAGUUCAGUGAGUACCCUGAAAAGAGAACACCUGUUGCUAUGGAGAUUUUGUCCAGUGAGGUGGAGUACAACAGAAUAUUGAAAGGAAUUAAAGACACCUAUGUAAAACCUCUCAAGGCAGCCCUCAGCUCUGACAGGGCCAUUGCCAGUUUCCAGAAUGUGCAGAUCAUAUUCACAGACCUCAUGUAUAUAUUGGAUGUUAGCAGUGAAAUGGUGGACGACUUGAAGAAUCGCCUUGCUGACUGGGACGCGACCAAUACUUGCCUGGGGGACAUUUUUGUUCGCUUCUGUACCCAUCUCAAAGUCUACACUAACUUUGUCAACAACUACGAUGUCAUCCUACAGUGUAUAGAACGCACCAAAGAACAAACACCUGCAUUCCGUGCCUUUCUCCAUCGCCAUGAACGCAUCCCAGAAACUCGCAGGAUGACGCUACAAGAGUUGAUGUUGCUCCCCCCUCGCCGUAUAGAACAGUAUGCCUUCCUGCUGAACUGGUUUGAGAUGCACACACCAACACAACACCAGGAUAGAGCUGAUCUAGCUGAUGCCAUUAAAACAAUAGGAACCUUGAACAGACACAUACAACAGACUAAACUGAGACUGGAGCGGGACAGGACAAUGAUAACACUACAGAAGUCCAUUCUGAACUCACCAAGUCUCCUGGAAUCCAACCGCUACCUAAUUAAACAGCUUGAUGUGGCCAACCUCCGACCUCCAGCCAAGACCAUGGUUCCUGAACUUAGGGUGUACCAGCAGUUCGAGGAGCUUGGCCUGUUUCUGUUCAACGAUGCCCUGGUGAUCACACGACGCACAUCCAGACAUUUUCCGUUCACACGUGCUGUUGAGCACACAUACAGGUUUGAGACCAGUUUGUCCCUGGCACGUCUCAAAGUCAUUGGCCUUGACAACACCAAAUACAUUCAAAAUGGGUUCAAGAUGGAAACCCCAAAUAAGGAGCUCUUCUGUUGUACCUCAUGUGAAGAGGACAAGUUUAACUGGAUCACAUUGCUGGAACAAGCCAUCCGAACUGCCCUGGAGGGGUGAACAGGUCUUUGGGCUUUAAUCUGCACAAGCACUAGGCUGUGAUACUGCCACCUUUUGGUCAUGAACCCUGCCCAAGCUACUUUCUGCUUUGCAUUUUGGGACAAAAUCACUAUUUAUUGUGACAUUUUAUAGUUCGUUUGUGUGUACAUGUAACUAUAGGUCUGAUAUGAACUUUCAUAUUGUGUUUUCAAUAAUCACAAUGAAAAAUUAUGCAAAUGUUCCACAUGAGUGUUGGUUAUAUUCAGGGUCAUAGAGGUUAGAGGUCAAUUUAACAAAUUGCGAUCAUUGACAUACUGAUUUUUUUACUUAAUAUCAUUUUUGAGAUUUAAAGUUGGUAAUAUUUAUGAUUCAGCUGUGAUAUAAAGAUGAAAAUGUGAUACAAAGAGUAGCCAGUUUUCUGCUUUUGUUAUAUAUUAAGUAUGAAUUGUUAGGAGCCAGUUUACAUCGAGAAUCUUUAAGCUUUAAUUCUGUAAUGGAAGAACUUGUUAUCAGGUUACUGGGAUUCAUCAGAAAUGUUGUGAUGACGUGUGGAAUAGCUAUUCAGAUUUGAUUUCUGACAUUGAUGUUACUUAUUCAGAAAGAUUCACUUGUUAAGUUUAAUGUUAAUAUUUUGCAGUGUAUUGCUGUUCUUGUUUUUAUUAAUUACUGAAUGAUGCUGAAA